AUGAAUUAAUUCUCAUUUAUACCAUGGACUCUUUAACUGAAAAUUUACUUUGGGAAGACAAAGAAAUUAGAUUCGACACACCAAAUGUACAAAACCAGCUACGUAAAGGCGAAAAAGUUUUGGACACCAUUUACCAUAUUGAGGAUACCAAAGGCAAUCCCGGUAAUACAGGUCGCCUCUUAGCAACCAAUUUGCGCAUUAUUUGGUAUUCCUUAUCGCACAAGAAAUAUAAUUUGUCUAUCGGAUUUGGCCGCUUUGUCAAUACCAACACACGUUCGGUGGUGUCAAAAGUGGGUGGCCCUACACAAGCUCUCUACAUACUGGCCACCGGCAGUAAUACGCGCUUUGAAUUCCUCUUCACCGAUGUCUCUGGAGAUACGGCGCGUAGGAAUGCGCCAAUUUUUCAAGGCAUUUUCGAAAUCUAUCAAUUAUAUCAACGCACAUACCUGUAUAGGGAUUUGAAAUUACGUGGCGCCAUCCUACUAUCGGGACAAUUGAUAAUUAUGCCAGAUGAGUUGGUCUACAGUAAUGUCAAUGGGGUUUGGAAUUUAUCGAGCGAUCAAGGCAACUUAGGUUCAUUUGUGGUGACGAAUAUACGUUUAGUAUGGUUUGCUGAUGCAAAUGAUACCUUCAAUAUUAGCUUGCCAUAUUUGCAAAUCGCGAACAUCCGCAUUCGUGAAUCGAAAUAUGGACCUGCACUUGUUAUACAGACUGCCGAGACCGGGGGUGGAUAUGUACUCGGUUUUCGCAUAGAUCCCGCUGAACGUCUCAAUGAAGUCUACAAGGAACUCAUUUCGCUGCAUGCCAUCUAUUCGGAGAACCCAAACUUUGGUGUACGUUACGACUCAGCCGAAGCCCAAAAACGUCUAGCCAUCAUUAAAGAGGCCGAGGAGUUCAAAACCGAUGAAUUUCAGGAGAUCGAUGAGCGCCAAGAACGUGAGGUUAACUCGAAGCUUAAUACCUACUUGGCCGAGGGCACAGUAGUAGCCGGUACUGAAGCACCUGUACGAGAACCUGUCUAUUGCAAGGAGUUGGGCUUUGCUAUGGAACGUAUACGUGAAGGCUACAAACUGCAAGAUUUGUGGGAUGUUUUGCCAAGAGUAGAGGGAGACUAAGAAGAAAAUAUGUAGUCAAGCG